UCUGUUUCCUGAUCGAUUGGCAGGAUCAUGUGAUGGCACACUCAUUUACGCACUCUUACCCCAGUGCUCUCCAUGAAACUCACCUUUAAGUGAAGGACUUUUCAUGACCUGCUAUCAGCUCAUAAGCACAAAAUGUCUGAAACGCGUUCAGGCACAAAUUGCGAUGAUCAAAACCCCUGUGAUAUGGUAGAGCUAAACUUGAUCACUCAACUGAGAAGUGCAGCUACGAAAACCGAAGGAGAUGUAGGAACACUUUUGUCGGGUGAUAUGGUUGAGUGCUUGUUACGUGACGAAACUCCUCUGAAGACCAGCAACGUCAACGAUAUUCUUUCAGCACUGGACAAGAAUGCCUCCCAGAUCAUCCAAUCAUUAGAUGCGACAUCACUACAAUGUCUGGCAUAUCUAUUGCUCAAUUCGGGAACUCAGGCUGGCCAGGAGCGAGGGCUUUAUCUUCUGCUGGAUGGGCCUCGAUCAUGCGCCAAAGAUGAAUCGGCAGCUGUAUUACCGACAGAUUACUCGCGCUUGAUACAGGAACGCUUAUUGAACGUAUUGUAUCGCAUAUUUAUCGAUGGACACCGGAACGAUGAGCUUAGGAGACUGACUGGAAAAUUACUCGCAGAGCUAAUGCUCGGACCAGGGGAGGAAGGUGCUCUGUUAUUGAAAUCACAGGAUAUCUUACAGUCCAUAGAAGACCUUCCCGAGCUGCGUAAGGCACUCAUUAAGGCUGGCGGAGAGAUCAAAAUGAGCGCUUCAACAAUAAAAUCUAAAUCCCAAAGAUCCUCAUCGGCCGUGGUGUCUCUGGACACGGCAGAGGUGGUAGUAAGGAAGUCUAAGCGCCUUUCUGAGGCGAGGGCCCGAAAGGAGGCAGAUACUGUUAAGCAUACAUUGCCACCAAGUAUGUCACCAAGUAUGUCACCAGCUUCAGGCACGCAUUUCCUAGCAGCUACGGUAUCAAACACUGUCAGUUCUGAUGGCUCUCAGAAAGGAAAUGGAGAACAUGAGCCUAUUGGCGGAGGUGAUGGAUGCUUGUUAAAUGUUACCGACAAGGACAUGAAUAAUCCACAACUGGACAGUCUCUUCCAGAACAAAGAGCAUAAACCUAACAGAGUAUACGACAAUUCAAUGGCAUCGGAAAAAGGCUCUGAUCAGGAUGGUGGGGCUCAUACUAUCUCGCAAGCCAAGAGGUCUACUGAGCCACAGCAAUUUCGUUCCAACGAAACAGCUGCAACUGCAAAUCAAAAUAGACAACUAAUGAGCAGACGUAAUCGAAGCACCUUGUCACUUAACAAAAGAAAUAAGCCCCAGUUGUCUAAUACGCAGGAAUCGUUGAUUUUCCAUCCUCAGAGAGCCUAUAGAAGGGUAUAUGCCGCCCAUCGUAAGGCAGCUGUCGACUGGGAUGAAGACCUGCGUCCGAGCGGCGAGUCUGAACUUAACAGGGGAAAUGAAUUCGGCGAGGCAAGCUCCUUUACCGGGAAUCGCCGGAGGCCACUAGUACAAAGCAUUAGCAGCGGGGGUGAUCAUGAGGAUGAUGCACGCCCUUAUGUCACAGAUGCUAAUGCUUCUGGGCCAUCAAAAGCUCCCCCCAAACCUCGGUUGCUAGGGGCAAAGCAUAUAGGGAGAGGCCAAGGUAUUGGAGAAAAACUCGCUGCAGCUUUCCAACUAGAGGAGGUAUCAUCACAAUGUAAACGAUAUCAUAAUCAGGAAAACGAUGCACCUCCUGAUCAUAAGAGUCAGAGCAACCCUGAAACAACGGCAUCACCGGCCCCAUCAAUUGAAAAACUUGCUCGAGAAGAUCUAUUUGAUAAACUGUAUCUAUUAGGGAAUUCUGAGGACGAAGAUGGUGACUAUGCGCUCUCACGAAGCUCAGAUACGGAUAGGUUACUGGACCUUUGUAUAGGCCAGAAACGCCCGGACGAAGUACGAGAAACAAGGCAAAACAACUGUCAGGGAGUCUUAGGAGAUACCGAGAUGAUAUCGGCUAGCAUAGAAACAGUAGCUACUGAGCUGUUGGGUGACGGGCGAUGGGAAACAGAAACAGCAGCAGAUGGGUCCAUGUCUCCUACCAACUCGACACAAGGCCGACAUGCUCAACCAUGUCACGGAGAUACCCCGAUUAUCCGAUCUGACCACAGCAGUUCAAUUAGCACUAGUAAGGCGGCUAAUAAUAGGCCGUGCAGUGGAAGCGACCAGCCCGAUCCCGGUCCUGAGAGCUCUUGUGUAAUAAGAGCAGCUAUAUUAGAACAUGGUGGCCCAGUUUCCGCCAAAUCUCUUCUGCGCCACGAUAGCCAACAGGCGCAAGAGCACACCGCGGAGCAUCAAAGGACAACGCCAAGAAAGAGCAUUGUCGAUCCAAAUGGAAGCCCACGACAUGUUUUGCAUACGGAGCAUAAACUUAUGAUUUCUGAUGGUACGGUACAUUGCAAAGGCCAAUCUGGACAGCUUACACAGGAUGAAAAGCAAAGUCCAGCUGGAAGCAUUGAUGAUGAGUCUGGCUAUGAUGGAGGUAUCGAAGAGAGUUUCGUUGAAGUGUCCGAUGCUAGAGAUACGCUGGUUCCCACUGCGUGUGGUCAGAGCUCUGGCGUGCGUAUAGAAAAUCCGUUUGCACAAGGACCCAGUUUACCAAGGGGCUGUGAAGGCCAGACAAGAAGCGUGCGCCGAGAUCAUUUUAGAGCAGUCUCAGCCCUCCAUAGGCAACACAGGCGAAUCGAUAUUGCGGACCAGGGUCCAUACCAAUCUCCGUCGCAAGGAGAGCUGGCCUCUAUCGAUUCCUCCCAGAAUACAGCAAUAACAUCAAGCACUCAUGGCAAAAACUUCAAACAGACCAAAGGGGUUACAACACUACAGACACUUCAAAGGUAUACGCAGGGCAUGUUACUUGAAUCUCGUAAGAGACUGAGAAGCAAACAGUCAAUGGUGUCUUGGAAACAUAUCGCCGACAGUGCCACGGCGUGCUCGAUCAACUUUUCGAAGCACAAGAAGAACGAAUAAACCUAUGUAAGCAGCAGAUGGACGUAAUCAGAGACCACCAUACAAACGUCUGUCAAGAGAUAAUUCAACGCUUGGAAGAGACCGAGCGGUAUGCUCGGAAGAGGGCAAACUCACUCCUAAGCUCAGAAGAAAGGAAAGGGAAAAAGCACAAAAGCGCUUGAAGCUGGCUGUCUUCUCAUGGUCUGCAGGAUGUCAAUUACACUCCGAAGACCUUGUUACUGCUCGCUAGAUUGGCUAUUUUAUCAUUAUAUUGGAAAGAGAACGGUGUAGAUCAUUGAUAACCUCAAUUCAUGCUAGCCCUUAUUGCUACCUGAACAAAG